CCUUUGAGACAGGGCUUAUCUGACCUACUGCUAGCAUACCAACUACAAAUGGUUUUUAAAGAGGAGAGAAUUUCAAAAUAGCUAUACGAUGUUUGUCCAGACAGAAUAAAGUGAGAUGUUGUCCUUCAUUUCCUGGUUUGUACCAAGUUUACCCACUUGGCUCAUACCUGAGACAAAUCCUCUAGAAUGUAUUUUACAAGGAGUUGUAGGCGCAUGUGGGGUCUCAGUGCUUUCCAGCCUCUUAAGGGUUCAUUUAUUUGUUGAAGCACAGAGUACAGCAGACAGUAAAAAUGACACGAAAAACAAGUAUAUUAAUAUUGGCGGUCUAAAAGACAAAAUCCAGUUCUGGAUCCUGACAGCGACCCUCGCCUUUGUGGGUUCUAGAGUUGCAUCACUAGUGGUUCUCGAAUUCUCUCUCCGAGCUAUUUCAUCACGCUUCACAGCCUCAGCAGAUCCCCUGAGUGAUACCUUGUUACAACUUCUGGUCCAGUGUCAGUUUUCUUUGGGUUGUGCAUUAAACUGCAGUCUUUAUUUCCUCCAUGAGGGGGCACCACAAGCUUGGCUAAGUUUCCUUCUGGCUGCAGCCCUGAGCUGGUUUUUGGCCAGACAAUGUUCAAGAUUAUGGAACCAUGUAAUAACCAUGUACCCUAUACACAGCACCCAGCGCUACUGUGGGGUCUGUAUAGGCCUUCUGACGUCUGGCACAUCAAUCCUGCCUUUUCUUUGCAGCACCUUGAUUCUGAUAUUUUGUGUAGCUGGAUUUGCUGCCAUAUCGAGCAUCAACCAACACUUUCUCUCAACUACUGAGGCCUUGAGGUUCUGGACGCCACUCACAAUCUGCUACACUCUUCUCGUCGUUUACAUGCAUGAGGAACAGCAUCGGCAGCCUAGCGGACAGGCUCUUCUGAACACAGUGAUGGUUCGCCUGGGCGGCCUACUAUUAUUGAUGCUUACUGUAGGAAGGUGGGCAGACGUGCUUCACAUCCUGCUGUGCUUCAUCGGGGAAGCUGCCUGCCUGAUACCAGCUCAGGAACUACUGAAUAACACCUCUAAGGAUGUUGCCAGACAUUUUGGGAUGAAAAAUGAAGACCGGAGAAGACCAAAGAAAUAUGACUGAGACAUAAAAUGCUCUGAGAACCAUUUUAAGGGGAACACAGAAAACAAACUGCCAUAAGUUAUUGGACCAGAGGAGUGAUUUUCAGUUCACUUGGCCUGUCCACAAUCUAAGCUUAUAAACGUUGUCAAUUGAACAUCAUUUGCUACCUGUAUGUACACUGUCUGGCCAAUAAAAAAGUUAUUAAAAAAAUUAUUGGCCUAAAUCAAACAAAGAAAUGACUGCAAACGCAUUAUUAAAAGCUAGAGGAAUUAUUUUUGAACUGUUAACUUUAUGGAAAAAAUGGAAACGCAAUUUAUCAGAAAUUAAAAAACAUGAAACUCUUGGGAAGAUGCUUUGUAAAAAAAUAAACUAAUAAGUAAACAAUUUUUUAUGUCUUAAAAUAAUGACAGUUGAAAUCACAGCUAUGUUUAAUAGUGACAAUAAGACACCACACACAGUGUAAUGAAAGCAUUAAGAUUGGACUGAAAGAAGUCGUGCUCUGAUGAGAGUCCAGAUUUACCCUAUUUCAGAGAAAUGGGUGUUAGGGUAAGAAAGCAAGCAGAAGUGAUGCAAUCAUCAUGCAUAUUGCUCACUGUUUGCUGUUGCAGUUGCUUCUGGUGGUCAGGUCUAGGCUCAGCAACGUUAUGUGGCAACAAAAUAAGUCAGCUAAUGACAUGUAUGACCAAAUGAUACUAUUGCAGAGUGACUUUGAGCAUGAGGAAUCAUUUUUACACAUGACUCAUUGUGCACUAUAAUCAAAGCUAGAUGUUCUUUAACAAAAUCUUAAGUGUGCACUUUUUUUUAUAUGUUAGACUGUUUUUUUUUUUUUGCCACAUCAAUAUUUCAGAUUUUUAUAAAAUGUAAGACUGCAAACAAACAAUAAAUUAUGCAGUUUGGAUGAAACUGUUAGCCUUGAGUCUAAUUUUUUUUUUUUUAAGAAAUUAAAACGUUCUUAGACUCCACAGUCUUGUGCCCAGUAUAAAAGUGUUUCAUAAUAAACAACAUUU